AUGACCUUCCCUGACGUGUCCGUACUGACCCUGGACGAUCCGGGACCCAGUGGUGUCUCUCAUUCACUUCAAGAUGAUUUCGAUCAUACAACGGAUCCCUACCUCUUAAAGAUCAAGUCCUAUGCAAAGGCAUUGCCGUACUCCAUUGAGUCGAACUCGAAGAUGCAGGACAUGCUCAAUUUCAUCUGUAUGCGCAUCGUCCAAUGCGUUGAAGCCAAAGAUUACGAUCCCGGUUUCUUGCAGUGGGACAGCAUGCUCACAUACUGGUCCUACCUCAAAUACCCUAUCCCCAAAGAGAAGAGGAUAAUGCUUGUUCUGCUUUACUUCAACCUCUCCACGACGCCGGGAAUGCCCCUGCACGUCGUCGCCACCUGCUCAGACGCUUUGGACGUCCUCACGAGAUCAAAGAAGAAACUGUCCAUUGAGGACCUCAGGCUGCCGUGGCGCCCCCUGUUUGAUAUUCUAGUGCAUGAUCUGUUCCUGACCCGACGCCAGUUCGAAGUCAGUCAAACAUCCUAUUACGCUGGCUUCAUCGCUGCCACUGUGCGGAAGUUCUUUCAUCCUGCUGCCAUCGAUGAGAUGCUCGCAACUUUUGUGCCGAUGAUCAACGGAACCGACUUGAAUAGUCUCUUAGUAUCACAGUAUUAUAUGCUGACCUUCCUUCCCCAAAGCCAUCCCCAGUCCUACCUCCCCAUGCUUUUCCGGCUAUGGGAAUCUGUCAACUCCUACAUGUAUGAUGAGCGGAUGCUUCAAUUUUUAGCACGUAUCACAGAGAUACACUUGGACACUUCCAUCAGUGAUCCGGCCAAGAUACAAGAGACACCGGAUGAUGCCCUGUCGGAAGGCGAAGCCCGCCCCAAUUGGCCUCAAGAUGACAUCAAGCGCGGAGGUUUGUGGACGGGUCUCAUCAAAGAUGUCGGUAUCUUCACCGAGUAUGAUUGGCAUUUCAUCAUGUGCAAGUGCCUUGCCUCAAUGGAAAUACCCUUGGCGGACUCUGGUUCUCUUACUACAGGUCCAUCCGCGGAUAACCAGGCAGGAUUCGAGAUUGGCCGUCUUCCAAAGCCCACUUGGAGAAUCAUCUCACUAGCGAGAAUCAUCGUAUAUUCAAUGUCCCCUGACGGCCUUCCACAUGCUCCCUCAAAUGCUCCGACUCCUUUUAUGACACCACUAGCCUCGGGCAUGAACACCCCCGGAAUAGGCACUCCCCGCUCCAUGAUGAACGGUAACGUUGGCGAUUACUUAUCUGUGCAUCUAGGCAAGGUGCCGCUUCCAAGCUACAAAACCUACGUUGGAGGAUCGAAAGCCCUGGAUUCUCUAGUAAAGCUGAUCGCUUCAACGGAGAGCUUCUUUCAUCCAUCAAACUCCGGAGCCUGGACUGCUGAUCUCAGUGCAUUCAUCAAAUACGUGGCAUAUGAGUUUAACAAACGAUGGCACGAAGAGCAGAAGCCCGAAUGCAAGACGCCAGUGCAUCGCCGGCUGACGGGAGAGAUGAAACGCGAACUUGUGAAGUGCUUCAGGACCGUGGCACUACUCGCAAUGUUCUCCGAAGAUUCUAUGACGGUCACCAAUAUCUCGAGCUGCCUGAAGUGGAUGAGUCUCAUGGAGCCGGAUCUUAUCCUUUAUCCCAUUCUAGAGAGAGCAGUCCCGUCAUUGGAAGCUCUCGUCGAGACUCAGCGCACCAUAGCAGUAAUCAAGGCAUUGGGUGCAGUGGCGCCUGCUCUAGUUUCCCGAGAGGUUCACUAUCCUGGAGCGAAGCAUUUGAUAUCCAUUCUUCAACUCUUGCUUCCUGGGAUCGACCUCGUGAGUCCCUGUUCACAGCUAUGCACCACAACAUUCCUCAUUGAGAUCUCUCAGUAUGUCAAAUUUGGCGAUCUUACGUCUGUAGGAAAUACACUGUCCGCCGAUAUGGAUUCAAGAAUGCCAACCUCAUCAGAAGUGUUUCACGGUAUCAACGGCAUUCCGACGAUCUCUGCAGAACGCCUCACGGAUGGUCAGAUGAACGGCAGCUCUGCUUUGACCAUGGAAGAAGAGGAUGCAGUACUCAGAGAGACCACAGGAGAGUUUCCCGACUGGGUCGCCAGCUUUAUCCGGCGUGUGAUUGUUCUGUUCGACAAUCUUCCGGAGGAGGCCGGCGGCGAAACGGAAACUCAACUAGUUGACGCCGUGACCAACGCCUGCAGUCAAAUAUGCAUUCACCUUUCGGACCCCCUCUUCGAUCUCGUACUUAACAUGAUCUUCGACUAUGCGAGCACGAACGUGCGACCAAACGCGGUGCGCGCCGUGCAUCAGCUUGUUGAAUGUGUUGCGAAUGCGAACCCCGCCAAAGCGCUAGCCAAGUUCUUGCCGUUUUGUGUCAAGAACCUCUACUUUGAACUUGAUAACGGCGCUAGCUCUGUGAGGACUACGUCCACGUUCUCUACACCUUUGCCAUCUGAUGCAACCUUCCAUUGGAACUUGGCGAUUCUCCGUGGUACAAUGUUCAAUGAUGGGAAGGCGGUCCUUAAAUACAAGGACGAGCUAUUACCUCUGUUGCGUCGACUGCGAGACAAGACGUUUGCCAAGCGCGGGUUCUCUUGGAGCGGGAAACUACUCUCCAGCCUUCUCCUGACAUUAACGCACACCUAUCCACUCGAAGAUAAAUUUGUGAACCCCGAUGAGUGGAACAGCAACAAAUUCCGAUACAAUCAUCACCUCCAUUGGGGAAAGCUGUACAAGGCGGAAGACGUUACAUGGCAUGUGCCCGAUGACGCGGAGAUAGGUUUCGCACUUGAUGUUUUCAAGGAGAUAAUUGAACCCUCGCUCACGAAGUUGGAAGGUUUCCUCGAUCCUGGCAAGUUUCUGAAACAUUUGCACGCUCAGCAGCUUCUAAUAGCUUCUCUCGACAGGGGUCGCAUCACAUUGAAGGGGCAUCGUAGCUGUCUAAGUUUCGUUCGAAACGCUUUUUCAGGCACUCCUACUUUGGUCAAGGAGGCUAUCUCGAAAGAAGAUGCCCAACAUGCCCUAGCCACAACAGAUCUCUUGAACGAGAUACCGGAGAUGAUCGCGUCAAUUGAUCCUCUCAACGCCGGAUUUGCACUUUCCGAUCCAGAGGAUCCUCGACUGCAAUAUUACCGAAAUUUACGCAUACGAUUUGGCAAAUUCAUGCACGCCGCAUCAGUCUCUCUACGUCAACAAGGGGAGGAAAACACGGUCGAUGCUGUUUAUCUUCUUAUUCAAUCUAUACGUACCUUCAUGCUCGAUUAUGGAGAUAGCAAAGACAGCUAUUACAUGCAGCUAGAUCGAUACGCGUCUGAACUAAACUACGCUAGGCAAUACGCGGGGCAGAAGGCCUGGCCGAGAGCGGUCUUCGUGCGCAGAGCACGGCUUUACCACGCAGCUCGUCUUAGAUGGAAUUCGAUCGAAAGGCGACGUGGUCCUGUGGAAGAUGAUCUAAUUGACGACGUUGUUGAGUGGUCUAUGUGGCAAUAUGCGACUGGUGUGUCUAGCCAAUCGCUAUUGGAGGCACUGUGCGGAACUUACGAUGGUAUACGUCGCCGGUGCCUGCCGCGCAUCUAUGAGGCAAUGGAGCCUGGAACCGAUGAUGAUCGAAUGAAGGGAGCUCUCUGGACACUCAACAUGAACGCUUUUGUCAAAUACGCUAUAGCAGAGCCUACUCUGGCUGCCGACCUUGCCCAAAAGAUUUUUGGAUGUCAAUCCAAUGAGAAGUCUUCAAUACAAGAUUGUGUCUCGGCUGUUUGUGAAAAUGCCAUCAACAGUUUUGUGGAGCCUUGUUACUUUGUAUUCGACAUUGAGCAUCCUCCACUGAAGCGACAAGUAGAAGCUUUCAAAACCGUAUUACUUAGUAGGAAAGAUCAAGAUCUCGUCGUUUCUAGGUGCAAAGAAGAGCGCAUACAACGAAUUCAUUUGCACAACAAAGGCAUCAGGCAGACAACGUCUGUCAUUCUGGAUGUCGCUCGAUCACCAUCCACGCACUGGCGAUAUGCCAUCUUCGCUGUGCGAUGUCUACGGACACUCAUUCGACGAGACGCCCCGAUGUCUGGUUCUCACUUGCGCUAUUUUCUGGACAAGACUCAUGAUGAUCACCCCUCACUGCGCUACUAUGCUCAACGUGCAGUGAUGAAAAGUCUACGGUAUAUCAAACUUCGAACUUUUGCUCGUGGGCCAAUGGAUCUCGUGUUCGAGAAGAACAACAAUCUGCUGAAACGGAAAGUCUCAAUAGUUAACCCAACUCACGAGUUCACCGCCGAAUUUCUGGAAGCGUUCAAGCAGCCUUUUGAUCUGGACUUGAACCCGGAAGUAAUGUUUGUGGAGAGGGUGGAUUCCGGGUGGGUGGUAUGGGGUUCGACACUGUCUGGGUACUCUGCACCGCAUAUAUCCAAUCCCAUCUUAAAGCCGUGGGAAGCAGAGAGCGAAGAUGCCAUUGCCGCUGUUCGAGAAGUUGCGAAGGAUGCAACUUAUUGGAAAAGCCUUUCGAUUCACUUCACCGCAGAGACACACGCAGAAUCGGUCACAUCUGAUAACAUUUCCUCCGUCAAAUCAAUAGUUCAAACUCUUGAAGACGAAUCGUUUGAAGCCCUGCAGACACUGAUAGAGGAGCUCAUCUCGAACACCGACCAGAACAAACAGCGGGGGGCAGCAGAGCUUCUUGCCGGACUGCUCAAUGGUGCCAAGCACUGGCCAUUAAUCAGUCAGAGACGACUUUGGCACUGGGCGAUGCCUCUCAUAAAAAAUACAAUGAGCACCAAGAUCAAGACGGACACCUUGCCUAUUUGGACUUCAUUUUUAGAGUACAUGUUCUAUCAUAGGGAUCCCCGCCGAUACCAAGCCCUUGUCGACUACAUUAUCGAAGAGUUUCACCUAACAGACUAUAACGGCGAGUCGUCACUAAACGCUGUUAAAUCGUUGUCUUUCUACCGGGCGUUCUAUGAGGAAGAGAGUUGGAAGUUCUCUGCCUGGGCGGAUGAGGCCAUUGAUCGUGUUUGGCCCGAAAUUUCCAGCGAACAUGAUGAGGUCCGCGCCUAUGUUAGUGAACUGAUAGGGUUCGUAGACAAGGUCAAGUGGCAACCCAAAAACUCCGACCCAAGCGCCGAAGCCUUCGUCCGUGAAUGCCGGACGACAUCAGUAGAUCUGGAUAUUAUGGGUAUACGGGCCUCGUACCAUCAAGAACGUAUCGCCGAGCUCGUGAAACGCUUCCCUCAGUGGCGAGAAGAGCGCUUACCGGGUGCCCGUGCAUUCCAGUCUACUUAUGACAAGGUCGGGUUGACAAUCUGUCGAUGGCUGUUCCAGACAGUACAUGACAUAAAUGCUGUCUCUGUUUUCGAUUACAUUCUUCCGCUCGUGCCUGAGCUGACACGCUUUACGGAAGUCAAUGACAAUGAGGAGCUUGUGUCACGCGCUCGUUUAUUGCUCGUACGGAUGUGCGGUGUGACACCGCCACGACCGCUCAUUGAUCCCAUCCUCGAUGCAAUUUUCAAUGUCAUUCAGAACUCACCGUCAUGGAAAGUCCGCUUGCAGGCGCUGCCUUUGGUUCAAGUGUUUUAUUUCCGACAGGUGCCAUUGAUCAGUGAUAAGAAGAUCACAGAGAUUCUAGAAGUUCUCUGCAAGUGCCUCGACGAUGAAGUUGUUGAGGUCAGAGAGAUGGCAGCAACAACACUGUCUGGUGUCCUCCGUCUCUCUCCCCGACGGAGUCUCCUGAAGCUCAAGGAACGGUUUGUUCGCCUCUUGAAGCGCUCCGACCUUCCCAGCAGGCAGUCUCCCGUUUACAACGUGGCCGUGCGCCAGCGCCACGCGGCAAUUCUGGGUAUAUGUGCGCUUGUCGAUAGCUACCCUUACACGGUAGAGCGGUGGAUGCCGGAGUUGCUGACGAGCGUGCUUGCCGAGCACACAUAUGACCCUAUCCCGAUCUCGACGACGGUCCGCAAGUGCGCGAGCAACUUCAAGAAGACGCAUCAGGAUACCUGGCACGAGGACUCGAAGCGGUUCAGCGAGGAUCAGUUGACCGCGCUGUCGACGUUACUGACGGGCUCGUCUUAUUGGGAACGAUGGGAAUGAUGAUCAGAGCC